AUUACCAGACUCAGAAUCCGCUGUUCUUUUCAUUUGUGGCGUCGUGCAACAUGGCGGCUUGGUAAAACGAAGAUAGUUCGUAAGCAUCUUGUUUUUAAGAGACCAUGAUGGCUGGUGAUCCAACCGACAAGAACAAUGCAGCAGAGACCUCAGGAGUCAAGGAUAAGGAUCGGGAGCGGAAACGCAGUCGCUCACGAGAGCGUGAACGCAAAGGCUCCCCGUCCAAGGACCGGAAACCUCGCCAACGCUCUCGUGAACGUAACCGAUCCAAAUCUGCAGAAAGAGAUCGCCGUCUGAAGGACAAGGAGAGAGAAAAGGAGCACGACCGGGACAAGAACCGAGAGAGGGGUCGCAAGGACCGCGAUAAGGACGGUCACCGCAGAGACAAAGACUGCAGCAAGAAAUCCAGAAGCGUCUCCCCCAAGUCCAAGGAUAGGAUAAAGAGGGAGAAGGAUUUGAAGAAAGAGGAGGACGAGGAAGAUGAGAAAAAGAAGAAAAGCAAGGUCCAGCCACUGUCUCUAGAGGAACUUCUAGCCAAGAAGAAGGCAGAGGAGGAGGCGGAGGCAAAGCCCAAGUUCCUGUCCAAGGCGGAGCGCGAGGCGGAGGCUCUGAAAAGGAGGCAGCAGCAGACUGAGGAGAGGAAGAAGACUAUCGAUGAGGACCGGAAGAAGAGGAGGAUGUUCCAGGACAUCGGGAGGAAGAUGAUGGAGGACCCCCAGGAGAGGGACAGACGAGAACGGAGAGAGCGAAUGGAGCGGGAGAACAACGGGGACCAAGCGGAUGACGGAAGACAGAAGAUCAGAGAGGAGAAGGAUAAGGGCAAGGAGCUCCAGGCCAUCAAGGAGCGUUACCUGGGCGGGACUAAGAAGCGCCGGCGGACACGUCACUUGAACGACAGGAAGUUUGUCUUUGAGUGGGAUGCCUCUGAAGACACGUCUACCGACUACAACCCCAUUUAUAAGGAGAAGCACCAGGUCCAGCUGUAUGGCCGGGGCUUCAUCGCUGGGAUCGACCUCAAGCAACAGAAGAAAGACCAGUCCCAUUUCUACGUGGACAUGAUGGAGACGAGACGCACACUGGAGGAGAAGGAGCAGGAGGAGGUGCGACUGAAGAAGGUUCAUAAGAAGGAGGCCAAGCAGCGUUGGGAUGACAGGCACUGGUCGCAGAAGAAGCUGGAGGAGAUGGCGGACAGGGACUGGCGUAUCUUCAGGGAGGAUUACAGUAUCACCACCAAGGGUGGCAAGAUCCCCCACCCCAUCAGGAACUGGAAGGAGUACAACCUGCCCCCACACAUUGUGGAGGUCAUCGACAACUGUGGCUACAAGGAUCCAACGCCUAUCCAGAGACAAGCCAUCCCCAUUGGCUUACAGAACCGCGACAUCAUCGGCGUGGCUGAGACGGGCAGCGGUAAAACGGCUGCCUUCCUCAUCCCCCUAUUGGUCUGGAUCACGACCCUGCCUAAGGAUGAAAGGAUUGAGGACUCGGACCAGGGUCCGUAUGCAGUGAUCCUGGCCCCCACCCGUGAGCUGGCGCAACAGAUCGAGGAGGAGACCCUUAAGUUUGGGAAACCUCUGGGUAUCCGCACCGUGGCUGUCAUUGGAGGGAUCUCCAGGGAGGACCAGGGAUUCCGCCUCCGGAUGGGCUGCGAGAUAGUGAUAGCCACCCCAGGUCGUCUGAUAGACGUGUUGGAGAACAGAUACCUGGUCCUGGGCCGCUGUACCUACGUGGUACUGGACGAGGCUGACCGCAUGAUAGACAUGGGCUUCGAGCCUGACGUCCAGAAGAUCCUGGAGUACAUCCCUGUGACCAAUCAGAAACCAGACACGGACGAAGCAGAGGACCCCGAGAAAAUGAAGAUGAACUUCGAGAUGGGAAAACACAAGUACAGACAGACGGUCAUGUUCACAGCUACCAUGCCCGCGGCGGUAGAGCGGUUGGCCCGUAACUACCUGCGUCGUCCGGCCGUGGUGUACAUCGGUUCAGCUGGUAAACCCCACGAGAGAGUGGAACAGAAGGUCCUGCUCAUGGGAGAGGGAGAGAAGAGGAAGAGGCUGCUGGAUGUUUUGGCGCGCGGGUUCGAGCCGCCCAUCAUCAUCUUCGUCAACCAGAAGAAGGGUGUCGACGUGCUGGCCAAGUCUCUGGAGAAGAUGGGGUACAAUGCUUGCACGUUGCACGGUGGCAAGGGCCAGGAACAGAGAGAAUUUGCUCUGUCCAACCUGAAGGCUGGAGCCAAGGACAUCCUGGUGGCCACCGACGUGGCUGGGAGAGGUAUCGACAUCCACGACGUCUCCAUGGUGCUCAACUACGACAUGGCCAAGAACAUCGAGGACUACAUCCAUCGUAUCGGUCGUACGGGUCGCGCUGGGAAGAGCGGCGUGGCGCUGACCUUCCUCACCAAGGAGGACUCGUCAGUGUUCUACGACCUGAAGCAGGCCUUCCUGGAGAGCCCCGUGUCCACCUGCCCCCCCGAGCUGUCCAACCACCCCGACGCCCAGCACAAGCCUGGUACCAUCCUCACCAAGAAGAGACGCGAGGAGACCAUCUUCGCCUGAUGUGCCAGAUCACGUUAAAGGGUUACGCCGCCCUAGGACCUGCCACCACACACACUGGGUUUUCACUCGUUUUAAUCAUCUGUUUUUGCAGUCUCUCAACACCUACGGUAUCCCCCCCAACCUUCCUUCCUGUGUCUUCUGUUCUUUUCUCAUUUUCUUUCUCUUUCUCAGUCUUGCCACUCUCUUCAGUCCUCCUUUCUCAUUCCUCCAUUGUUAGGCUUCCCCUUCUAUAGCCCGGCUACUGUACGAAAUGUUAGGCUGAUGGAAGGGCCUGGGGGUUCAUAUUCUGGUUUAGGAAAAGGUUUUGGUUUUUGCUCCAGGAGAAUACAGGGCCUCUUGGUCUGUGUGGGGAAGGGACGUUAAUGGAAGGUCAUGUGAGCGCCAAACCUACACUUAUUUCAAAGAGCCCCAAAAGGCCAAGACAGAAAUGUUGUAGUGUGAUUGUGUAUUAUUAUUUUUUUUAAAUUGGAGUUAGCCCUGUUGUGACAAGUUUUAAAAUUGUGUAAGAAGACCAAUACAUUGAAUACCUUUUGUCUCCCAGAGAAACAUGGUCGAUGUGGUGUUUGUUUCUUUCAUCAGUCAGCUGGUUAUGAUGAGUAUUUUGGAAUGUGACGUUUGCUACGUUGAAUUCUAUGAAGUGAAUAAAACCCAACUUUUGACUGA